AUGACAAUCGACUUCCAAGGACUGCUCAAACAGGCCAGGGCUGAUAGACAGAGAGAAAAAGAAGGUAAGAUGAUAAUACCGAAGAGGAUAUCCCCACAGCUGGUAUGGAACCUCAUUAUGUGUUCAAGAGGUUAUCAAUGUGACAAGAAGGAUGAUAACAGGAAUGAUGAUAUUGCCAGAGGCAUGAAAGAAUUCGAUUAUACAAGUAGUGAUUCAGCGACUGAGUCGAAGCCUCCUAUAGUAUUGUGGGAUACUAGAGAUCCACAAGAGUUCAGCAAGUCCCAUAUUGCUGGCUUUACUAACGUUACCACGACAGAGGAAGCUGAGGCAUUCAUAACAUCCAACUAUGGUCAACUUACAGACCCGAGGAUGCCUCAUGAGAAGCUGAUCAUCGUCGUCCUUACUGAGCACAACAACCUCAGGAGUAGUAAUAUGCCGGCAGCAGUAGAGUUUGCAUCACAGCAGCUUCGAGCUGUGAGUAAGAUAUACCUACACAGGGGAGGGUACUCAGCAUACCGGAACUUCUCCUCUCUUCUGAGCAUCGGCUCAGAGGAAGAAUCCUCCAAGCCGUACUCUUAUGGCCUAUAUCCGAUAUGGUGUGGUGAUGGUAUACUUUCUGGCAGUAUCCUGCAUGGGUCUAAUAAGGCACUGCUAAAGGCAAUGGGGAUAUCUUGGAUGCUUGAUUUAACACCGAAUGGGAUACAAGAUGCUAAUGUGAUGUAUGAUCUCCAUAUGCCAUCCUUUGAUUUGGAUAUGGCUGCUGAGUUUAUCAACCUCCACACCGGAAAUGUUGGUAUGAUCUGUGGUGGUGAUGAUGAUUCCACCAGGUUUAUGGCAGCGUUGGCUGCCGAUAUGCAAGCUAGAGGUCCUACUGUACAGGAGGCAGUAGCAAGGAUGAUGACCAAACUAGAGGGUAUAUGGUCAGGCCCAACAUCAAGCCAAUGGCAGUUAUUAGAGGACUUCUACGAGCGUGUGGCAUCUCUGAGACGGUCCAGGUCUUCUUCUCUAUCGUCGACAUCCUUCGAACGGAAGAAGUCUAUGCAAGAGAUGAUUACCAUGUUACUUCCUCAAGUGCAAUUCAGCCCUCCCGCGGACGACGCCAUGCUCAUCGUAGAGCCGACACAAAGUGCGGACGUAUUAGAGCUCAUUGAACGUGCUGGGCCUAGGCUCUCUGUGGAAGAUGCAGCUGCUAUUCUUAAGACCUGGAGAAGUUUGAAUAUGAGCCAUUUCGAGAAGUUGAUCAACGUCUUGAAGCCUUGUACCACGCCAGAGACUUCUCAGCGGUAUGUCCUUGCGGCUCUAUCUUUAUUUGUACUGAGAGAAUAUGAGCACGGGCACAUCAUAAUAAUAUCUGACCAUACAAGGGCUGUUCUGAGAGUUCUGGCUGGAUAUUGGUUUGAGGAGACACCCUCUGAGUUUGAACAGGGACGGGUUCAAGUUCCUUUACAUACUGACCAGGUUCCUGCGACUGUUACGGACUGCAUACGCCCAGCUGCAAUCAUAUUGGGGGCGCUACCAGAAGAGGAGUAAGUAGUGGCAGUGGAGGGAUGCGACAUAUGAGUGUGGUUAUUAUUUGUGCCUGACGGUUGAGUAGGCUCAAUAUUGGUUUCCUUUUAUAUACCAAAAUACCGUGCU